AUGAGGAUAGGGCAACACGUAAACGACUUUGAAGUGAUCGACGUUGUGAUGCCCAGUCGCUAUAUUUCAAAUCCGUACCUUCAUGAGGAUCUUCAAUUGUCUAAUGACCAGGGUUUGACAUCUAACCAAAAACAAGCUUUUCAGCAAACAAUCGCCACAGGUGCAGCUCACAUCCACGCCCAUUAUUUGGCUUCUGACGUCAACAAAGCUGAUGUCUACACCGGAUUAUGUGGAGCUGCUCUUGUACUGUGGAAGGUUGGCAAUAGUAGGUCCAAUGAGCUGGCGGAUAGAUUGGUUGAAAUGACUACCAAUAUGACAUCCGGGCACCACGUCGGGUUUAUCUGUGGAGAGGCAGGUCUUUGGGCGGUCAGCGCUCUGCUCGUCCCAGACCUGCAAAAGAGGGCUUUACAGGAGAUUGAACUAUGUGGAAAAGAGGCCAUUUCUAAUCCUCGGGAGUGGAAUGAGGUUCUGUACGGUCGUGCAGGCUACCUCUAUGGACUCCUCUUCCUCUCCCACCACCGUAUACUGCCAUCAACCUUCCCACUAGCGCAUCUUCUCACCCAAACAGUCAAUACCAUUCUCUCAACAUGCGAAUCCCGACGUCCAUAUGUCUGGUCGUGGCACAAUAAAUACUACCUAGGCGCCGCGCAUGGCGUGGUCGGCAUCCUAUGUAUGCUCUUGCGUGCUAGUCAGGUUGAAGGCGUUUGUGUGGAUCUGCAGGGUGUGAAGGAGACUCUAGAGUGGGUUGCUAGCGAAGUGAUAAAGAGGCAGGGCGGUUGGCCAGUGGCGUUGGACGAGGAGAGAGAAGGAAAGGAACUGGUCCAUUGGUGUCAUGGACCACCGGGAGCCGCACUCUGUCUUUGCCGCGCAUACGAGGUCUUUCGUGAUCAGCUGUUCUUGGAUGCGGCAAAACUGGCCGCAGAUGUUGUAUGGGAGAAAGGAUUGUUGCGCAAAGGAGUGGGCCUUUGUCAUGGCAUAAGCGGGAAUGCAUAUGUCUUCCUCCAUCUCUAUCUCCUAACUAAUGAGAGGCUAUAUUGGCAUCGGGCGGUGAAGUUUGCAGAGUUCAUACUGCAGUGGGAGGACCUGACGAGGCGUCAUGUUCUGAAGGUACCAGAUCACCCUUGGUCAUUAUUUGAGGGGUUAGGUGGUGCUGUGAUGCUAUGGAAUGAUAUACUGGAAAUCUCUUCUGGUGGUGGAGCUGACCAGUUUGGCCUCCUUCCAACUCGACAUUUUGCAAAUCUCGCCCGUCACUUUCCGCGGUUCAUGCAAGCGUCACAAGAUCAUCCGCUGAAGCUGUCCGCAGCCGAUGACGAGGCACUCAUCCGAUAUGAGCACAAGAAAGAAAUUAGAAAGAAGAAUUUAGACGCCUACAUAAGCAGACCUGAUCUAUCAACCUUGAAGAAUCUCGAUGGCUCAAUUAAGAAGAAUACUUCGUUUGUUCGGAAGCUCCGAGUUAGCCUCACUCAUGAGCAACUCCCAUCGCUUUCGAAGGAACUACUAUCACUGAAGCUUGAGAAGUAUCUUUCAGAGAUUGUCUCGGCGCUCUCCGAAGCAAAGUUCAAAUCCUCCGCCGAUGUUUGGGCAGCAGUUGAGAUAAGCUCCCUACUGCACCAGAGAUUUGCCGACUUCUCUUCGCAGCUUGUGCCCAUGAUAGUGAAACAACUUGGUCCUCCGCCACCGCUGUAUGGCAUGGCACCAGACCAGAGAGAAAAAGAAGAAUCUGCAAGGAUCGGGAAGCAGCGAAGCAUGCUCAGAUUUCUUGUGGAACUCUAUCUGGUCGGUGUGGCGAAAGAUCCACCCAAUCAGAAGGAUGGAUUAAUUUCAGUAAUACUUAAAGAUAUGCUUUCCUCGGAUAAGGAGCAGCAUGCCAACCUAUCGCUUGCUGUUGCUUUUGUCAAGCACUAUGGUGAUCAGUUCCUUGGAGUUCUGCCCAAGAAGGGCCGGAAUCGCAGUGACAGCGUGGCUGCUGACCCUGCUACCACUGGAGAUGAGGACGAAGCCUUGUCGUCAACCGAAUCUGUAGCUACAAAGCAGCGCCAGAGCUUCGUGCCGAAAGAGGUGCAAGAAGCAGUCAGGGCGACUUUGCUUGAAUACUAUACAACCCUUGAGCGUCACUUGAUCCGGGAUCAUAAGCAUAUCCGAAAAGUGGAGAAGAAUAAUCAUGAACAUUACAUUGCUCGAGGUGAAAUUAGCGAGGAUCGCCAGGAGCGAUAUGAAAAGGGAUUGAAAGCCUACGAAAAACUUCUCAGCGGCACACAGACCUUAGCUGAAUAUUUGGAGCAAGAGAUGCCAGAUCUCCCCGAAGAUGAAGGAAUGACCCGGAUUGGAAUUGGGAUCACUGGAAAUGCUCCAGACAAGGAGGAUAAGGAGACUCAUAGUGUGUGGGAGGAUGACGAUGCAAAGGCGUUCUACGAAAACCUGAUAGAUCUGAAAAACCAUGUGCCAGCGAUUUUCCUUGGUGAGAAGAAGGAGAAAGCUGAAGAUACUCUGGAUGAAGGAAGCAAAGGUCUCGAAGGUGCCCCGGAUGAGGUGGCUGAUCAGAGUCGGGAAGACGUGCGAUCUGCGGAUACCAAGGACGAUGAAAAGGACGAUGCUCUUCAGAUGGAGGAGAGUCCAAGCGAUGAGACAGGGGAGGAGGAAGAGGACAUACUGGAGGCCGAUGAGGAUGAGGAUGAGAAGAAUCAGAACGUCUCGUCUACUGCACAAGCUGCGCUCGAGACGCUACUGAAUCGAUUACCAAAUGCUCUGAACCGAGACACGAUUGACCAACUUGCCAUCGACAUUGCAUUUUUAAACUCAAAAAGCACGCGCAAAAAGUUGGUCAAGACGUUGCUAGCGGUUCCUAGGCAGCGACUGGAUUUACUGCCUUAUUAUUCACGUCUCAUUGCAACGUUGAAUCCCUAUAUGCCUGAUAUUGGAGCUGGCAUUGUCGAUGCGCUGGAAAGGUCCUUUCAUGGCCAUCAGAAGAGAAAAGAGCAAGUGUUCAUCGAGGAGAAAAUCAAGAACAUCCGAUUUAUUGGCGAACUGACAAAGUUCAAAGUAACGCCCCUUCAUAUCGUGUUCCACUGUAUAAAAGUACUUUUAGAUGAUUUCAAGCAUCACAAUGUGGAACUGCUAUGUACCCUACUUGAGACAUGCGGGCGCUUCCUUUACAAGUCUCCUGAAACCAGUACUAGGACCUCCAAUUAUCUCGACAUUCUUAUGCGGAAAAAGAAUGUCAAAAACAUUGACAACCGGCAGGCAUUGAUGAUUGAAAAUGCCUUCUACCAGUGCAAUCCGCCCGACCGACCACCUGUUGUAGCCAAAGCUCGCCCACCGUUGGAACUGUACGUCAGGAAAUUAAUAUUUUCCGAUCUGACCAAGAAAACGGUUGAUAAAAUAUCAAAACAACUUCGCAAGUUGAACUGGGAGGAUCCAAAAGUGCGCCAAAUAAUCACGCGAACAUUUUGUAAAAUCUGGAAGAUCAAAUUCUCGCAUCUCCAUAUGGUAGCCUACAUUGCAUGUGAGCUGACUCGCCAUCAUCCCGAAUUCGGCGUUGCGGUUGUCGACAGCACAUUGGAAGAGGUGCGAAUUGGUUUGGAGCAAAACAUCUUCACGCACAAUCAGCGCCGCAUCGCCGUUGUUAAGUACCUUGGAGAAUUAUAUAACUAUCGGAUGGUGGAAAGCCCGGUGAUAUUUGACACAUUGUUCUUGAUUGUUUCGUUUGGCCAUGAAAACAACCUUCCUCGCUACGGUGUGGGGAUACCGCUGGAUGCUCAGCACGAUUUCUUCCGUGUGCGGUUGUGUUGCACUCUUUUGGACACUUGUGGACAGUGCUUUGAUCGUGGCACAUACGCGAAACGUCUAGAUGCGUUCCUCGCUUAUCUACAAAUGUACAUCCAAACGAAGCCACCUCCUGCCAUGGAUGUGGAUUUUAUGAUUUCCGAAACAUUCGAGCAACUGCGGCCGAAUUUGAAAUUGAUGCAGAGUUAUGAGGAAGCGGUAGCUGAAGUCAAUCGCUUAGCCGUAGAGCAGAUGCAGGCAGAGCAAAAUGGCAUUGGUGGUGACGUACCGGGAGGAGAGGAGAGCGAGGAAGAUGACGAUGAAGACGAGGAUGACGACGAUGAAGCGGUGCGUCGUAAUAACGCCACCGGGGAAGAUGAUGAUGAUCAUGUUGAGGACAGGGACGAUGAGGACGACGAGGAGGAGGAGGGAGAGAUGUAUGAAGAUACUGUUGUGGUGCACGUUCAGCAUGAGCUCGAUGAAGAAGCGGACGAAGACUUUGAGCAGCAGUUCAGUCGAAUGAUGCAGGAAAGCAUAGAUACUCGCAGAAACGAUCGAAAAUCAACUUUCGAUGCGCCUGUUCCUGUGCGCAUAAAGUCCGGGAACACAGCGGAAGGUCAGGAGGAGGCUGGGAACGGACAGGUGGCAUUUACACUCUUGACAAAGAAGGGCAACAAACAGCAGGUGAAGACUAUGGCUCUUCCCGCCGACAGCUCAUUUGUCAUUAGUACAAGGAGCAAGCAGGAAGCAGAGCAAGAGGAAAAACAACAUUUGAAACAAUUAGUAUUGAACUAUGAAGAAAGGGAACGUGAAAAUGCAAAGCGAGCGGUUGAAGAGAACACCAUCUGGAACGGCCGCCCUCAUACAGUCAUCAUGAGCAGUAGUGCACACCGUGGAGGUUUGUAUCGUGGGAGCGGUGGCCGAGGUCGUGGCUUCGUCAGCACUCGUGGAACAGGAGGAAGUUAUGAAGGAACUGGCGGUGCACGGGGCGGGUACGGCCGAUCUGCAAAGGUUACCGGCGGAAAGUGAUAAGCGAGAGUGAAUGCUGGCCGUAAAUCGCAACCCAGCGUCUGACCAUCCCACCUGCGGCUUCCUACCAUGAGAGCUGCUAAGAACUGAAAGGAAUCUGUCCCUCGCGAGUCUUUGAACUCUAUAUUUGUUCCGCAAGCGACCAGCCUAUAGAUGGACUUUCAGUCAUCUUACCCAAGUCUUCUCCUGUGCUCAUGUGAGGACAGCUGACAACACCCUACACGCGCGGACAUGGGAAAGAGAAAGUAGACGCUUGCGCAAAUCGAUGACGAUUUUGGGAUAAGAUCCUCGUUGUAUGUGAGCCAACAGUGCACUGCACAUGGAAACAGAUCAAAAUAAUGCAGAUAUUAUGUACAAAUGCCCUCUUGCAGGACAAUAAACAAGGGUUAAUCUCGUCCCAUCACCUUACGUACACCCUACAUACUUUUUCUAUAAUUAUGAAAUACUGGGUUUGCG